UUGAAUACAGAUGGGGAGAUAAAACAGUCUACAGUCACGACCAUGCUAUAUACGCAGAUACUAAAGAUAGAUUAGAUUUAACAAGAAAAGUCACGUGGACAGGAUGAAUAAAAAAAGAUACUUUCUGGAUCCUCCAGAGGUCAAAGACUACCUCGUAAAAGGAGAAAGAUUCACCAAGUGGUCAGAGGACUCCACAAAGACUGGUCCUGUCACCAUGAAGAUGGAUUCAAAAGGUUUUUACCUCUACUGGAUCAACCAAAGCAAGGAGACAACAUUCCUGGAUGUUGCUAUAAUCAGAGAUACCAGAGUAGGAAAAUAUGCAAAACUUCCCAAACACCCCAAGGUCCGCAAUGUGUUCAACAUGGAUUUCCCAGACAGCAACCACCUCGCCAAAGCCCUGACCAUCGUCUCUGGUCUAGACACGGUGAAUCUGACCUACCAUAACUUCUUUGCAUCCAAGGAGAAAGUGACCCAGAACUGGGCAAGUGACAUACUUGCAAUCGCCUACAACGCUGCAAGGAACAAUUCAUGCAGACAAGUCUUCCUGGACAAAAUAUACGUGCGUAUUUCUCUUCAGACCAACAAGGAUGGCAAAAUCCCUGUGAAAAAUAUUUACAAGAUGUUCCCAGCUGAUAAGAAGAGAGUGGAAAGUGCGUUAGCAUCAGCACACCUCCCAAAAGGAAAGUAUGACACCAUGAAGCCCGAUGUCUUUACUGAAACAGCGUUCAGGACCUUCCUGACACAUCUCUGCCCUCGGCCUGAGAUCUAUGAAAUCUUUACUUCUUACUCCAACAAACCCACCAUGACGAAGGAGAAUUUCACCAAGUUCCUCAACGAAAAACAGAGAGACUCCCGGCUCAAUGAGGAGCUGUUCCCCCGUCUGCGGCAAGACCAGAUCAAAGCUCUGAUUGACAAAUACGAACCAACGACCGCAAAUUCAAACAGAGGUCUGAUUUCUCCUGAAGGUCUUUUAUUCUACCUGAUGGGGCCGGAGACGACAGUUGUUACUCAGGACAGACUAGCUAAAAGUCAAGACAUGACUCAGCCCAUACCUCACUAUUUCAUCAAGUCCUCCCACAACACAUACCUGACAGCUGGUCAGUUCUCUGGCGUGUCAUCUCCGGAGAUGUACCGUCAGUGCCUGUUAGCCGGCUGCCGGUGUCUGGAGCUUGACUGCUGGAAGGGCAAACCUCCAGAUGAAGAGCCCAUCAUUACCCAUGGCUUCACCAUGACAACUGAGAUCCUCUUUAAGGAUGUAAUUGAAGCGAUAAAUGAGAGCGCCUUCAAGACAUCACAGUACCCUGUUAUCCUCUCAUUCGAGAACCACGUUGACUCAGUGAAACAGCAGGAGAAAAUGGCCAACUACUGCAAAACCAUAUUUGGUGAUGCCCUGUUAACAGAGCCCCUGGACAAAUAUCCUCUGAAACCAGGCCAGCAGAUCCCCAGUCCUGCUGAGCUUAUGGGCAAAAUCCUAAUCAAGAACAAGAAGGGCAGCCACGAUAAACCAAACCAGACAAAGAAAACCAGCACAGCAUCCAGUGACCAGAACACAACUACAGCUGCACCCACCCAAGACCCAAACACCACAUCCCCGGAUCCUGCUAACCCAGCACCUAGCACCCAGGAAAAUCCAGAGGGAGAUGCAGCUGUGGAAGACACUGAGGAGCAGGAGGAGACAGAGGAACAGGAUGAGGAGAAAAUGAAGACAUCAGAUGAGGGCACAGCUGGACAAGAAGUAACAGCGUACGAGGCAAUGUCCUCCCUGGUCAAUUACAUCCAGCCCAACAAAUUCAUCUCUUUUGACAAUGCCAGAAAGAAAAACAAGAGUUACGUCAUCUCAUCUUUUGUGGAGACCAAAGGGGAGGCAAUGAUUUCCAAGUCUGCAGUUGAAUUUGUCGAAUACAACAAGAGGCAGAUGAGUCGGAUUUACCCCAAAGGGACAAGAAUGGACUCAUCCAAUUACAGUCCUCAGCCUUUCUGGACCGUAGGCUGCCAGAUGGUGGCGCUCAACUACCAGACCAUGGAUUUCCCCAUGCAACUGAACAUGGCUAUGUUUGAAUUCAAUGGGAGGACCGGCUACCUACUCAAGCAUGACGUUAUGCGUCGCAGUGACAAGAAGUUUGACCCUUUCUGUGACAGGAUUGACACUGUUGUGGCAAGCACACUGACCAUAAAGAUCUACUCAGGCCAGUUUCUGUCUGAAAAGAACGUGAAAACAGGGGUGGAGGUAGAACUGAUUGGGCUGCCAGGAGACCCAAAGAAGAAAUAUCGAACCAAAUGGACUACCACACCCAACGCCAUUAACCCAGUGUGGAAUGAAGAGCCUUUUGUCUUUGAGAAGAUCCUACUCCCAGAAAUGGCUUCUCUGAGGAUCGUAGUCCAUGAAGAGAAUGGGAAAUUUGUGGGACACAGAAUCAUCCCUCUUGAUGCCAUACAAUCAGGCUUCCAUCACAUCUGUCUUCGGAGUGAAAGCAACAUGCCUCUCACACUGCCUGCUCUCUUUGUUUACAUCGAGGUCAAGGACUACAUCCCUGCUGCCUUUGCAGAUUUCACAGAUGCCUUAUUUAACCCAACAAAGGGGACAGAGAAAACCUCAAAGACGCCAAAAGAGUCAUCCUCUGAUUACAUUUCUCCAUAUGAGCUUCCUCUUGUGGCCCAGACCCCUACUGAAAAAGCUGAAACUAAGGCAGUUGAAGCUCCUGCAGCAGAUACCGAAAAGGCCUCUGAUCCUACACCUCCUGUCGAUGAAAAAACACCUCAGUCAUCUGACUCCAGUGCAGAGGACAAGAAAGAAGAAGAUGCUGAGAAAGUAUCUGAAGCUCCACAACCUUCACCAGAGCCUGCUCAACCUCCUGAUGCUCCUGCUGCUGAUGCUCCUGCACCAAAUGCAGAGGACGGCACAUCUGAAUCUGCUGGUCCUCCUGAUUCUAAAGAGGCUGACCCUGUUACAGAAGUACCCCCAGAACCUGAGGCAACUCCUGAAACCAAAGAGGAGCCAAAAAGUGAGCCCAUUGCAAACCCCGAGCCUGCCUCAGAUGAUAAACUUGCAGCAGAAAACGCCACUCUUGCUGAGGAGGUUCAAGGAGAGGCUGCUGUUGUGGUUGAGCCCUGUCCAGCAAGCACUUCACCUGAGUCUGCAGGAUCAGGUGACUCAUCUCAGUCGCCUGCAUCCAAGGAAGAGCUUUCAACUGUGACUACUGAAGAACUGAUACAGCACAAGAAUUAUCUGAAGGUCACCAAGCGUCAGGAGAAAGAACUGAAAGAAACCGAGAAGAAGUUUCAGAAAAAAGGAGAGGAUCUGAUUCAAAAGUACUCUGACUCCUUCAAGGCUAUCAAGAAAAAAGCCUCGUCAGUGAAGAAAAAAGAGGGAGGGGGAAACACAUCUGACUCCGGUGUGAAGGCAGAGCGAGUGCAGGAACAGAAGGAAAAAAUGCACAGUGAGCUCCAGGCUCUGUGGACUGAGCAGCAUGAUCAGCUGAAAAAGAAGAAAGAGCAGUGUGCUACAGAGAGGCUGGCCAAACUGAUGGAGAUGGCCACAGAGAGACACUGCAGUGAGCUGAAAACCCUGGAGAGUGAAACCAAAGAAACUAAGAAGAAAUGUCAGUCAAAAAAGUCUUCUCAGGCUGAAAAGGCCAUGAGUGUCGAGAUGUUGGAUGAAACGAAUCAGUCGGAUUGUUCAUCCUCAGAUUUCAGUCCUCAGCAAGAAGCACUGAUGAAGAAACAGGAUGCUACACUGAAAGAGAUCAAGGUUCUAACUCAUCAGCUCAAUCAGGAGGCCCUGAAGGAGCAUGAGCAGAAAAUGAGGUCACUGCCAGCGGAGGUGAAGGAAGCUGUCAACGCCUGCAUGGGAGCUCAUUUCCCCGAGCUGGUUGACCAGAAUGGAGACAAAAAAGUGGAAGGAGUGGGCGUUUAUGGAGAUGUUUUCCUCGGUUAGAUGUGUCACUUUGUAGUGACUUUUCUUUCAUCUCCUUAGACGUAACAAGAGCUUUAUUAUUUAAUAGAAUAAGAAGAUUUGAUUAAAGAAACUGUGUGAUUUAAUAAUACUAUUCAUGGUAGAAAUAUUUAUUGUCGUUAAACCAUAAUACCUUUUUACGGACAUCAUCUGAUCAACACUAAAUAAAUAAUUCUCAUUUUUGAUUUAAUGAUGUAUUGCUAUUGCUUUUCAACACAAAGCAAAACUAUUAUUGGCUAUAAAGAGAGAAAUUUAGCACAAAAGGAGUCCAUCACAGUUAGUCUUUGUUUGGUUCUUGCAGUCUCUUGUGGUAUAUUAAUAAAUUGAGAAAAUUAGAAGCAGUGUAGCAAGAAAAAGGGUUUCAGAGCCUACAGGCUGAAUGACUCAAUCUGCUACACUUCAGUACAGCUAUUUUUCUUGUGUGUUGUAAGUGCAAUAAAAGGUUUUGUCAGAAAAGCACAUAUUCCAUAAAGGUGCUGUAGAGGUAUUGAAGAUUUAAUGUUCUUUUAAAUAGAAUUUUCCUUUUUCUUGUGGCUAAUAGCUCUCAAUAAACUUUACAUACUCAUU